GACGCAGCGCAAGCUUGUGUAGCCUGAAUGUUCCUCUAAAAUGCUCUAAAAAUGUGAGGUUAAUCAAAUCCUUCACGCUGUCUGGAGCUGAGCGUAUUUACCCGCACGCCAUGGCGGGACGUCGGUUCCUGCUGGACUCGGAGCUCUGCACGGGAAAGCCCCGUCGUGUGUGUUGUUAUUGGAGCUAGAGCUCUGUCGGCCGGAGCAGCUAACACUGCUGCCUUUACAGCAAAACAGCAAAACAGCAAAACUCAUGUCGAUUCAUCCAAAACCGGAGUAACUGUGAAGGGAAAUGAUCGUGUAACAACUUAAACGCUCUCCACGGGGCGAAGUAGGGGGAAGCUGACGCUAGUUUAGAGUGUGAAAUUGAAUCAACUCUGUGUUUUUGUGAGGUUGUGACGGUCCAAUGCUGCGUUCCAUUUACCUCGGAAGUCGGAACUCGGAACUGGGAAUAACGUCACAGCCGAGUUAUCAGCGUUCCAGUUACAAAAGCUCUCUUCUACUGUUUACAACCGGGGCAGCCAUCUCGGAAUGGUAACUCGGGGGUGGUGAAGACUCUCCCACUUUCCCAGUGGGAAAUCCCACUUCGAGGGGCGUUCCAGUUGAAAAUUCCGACUGGGAACUGGGAAAUCCCUACUUCCGAGGACAAAUGGAACGCGGCACAACUCCAGAAAAAUGUCUCCAGUAAAGUCCGACUCAAAGCAGUCAGCUCGGUUUCUGAGUGUCCGUGCGGAGACGGAGCGGCGGGGCAGGAAAACGGCACCUCUGUCCCUUUUACUUUGAGUGAUCGCCUCCAAAAUCAAAAUCAUGUCUUGCAAAGCCGCGAUCAAGGACAAGAAGUCGAGCUUCAGCAAGAAGCUGUUCCGGCGGGGCUCGGUCCGGUCGGCGGGCAGCUUCAUGAGCAGAGUCCUGCGGACUCUCACGGCUCUGGCCCGCUUCGGCUCCGAGCUGCACGCCGACGACGACAAGGACGAUGGCGGCUUCUCCACCUUCAAGCCCGGCGGGAAAGACGUGCCCAUGGACGGGGACGGAGACCUCGGGGCGCUGCUGUUCGGGGAGAAGAUCCCCGGGGUGUCGGGGCUGAAGAACCACGGCAACACCUGCUUCAUGAACGCCAUCCUGCAGUGCCUCAGCAACACGGAGCUGUUCGCAGAGUUCCUGGUGCUGGAGCAGUACAAGGGCGAGGAGUCGGAGGAGAACAAGCCGAAGACGAACGGCGUGCUGCUGCAGAAGAAGAGCCCGCUGAGCAAGGGAGAGGUGACGGAGCAGCUGUCCGGGCUGGUGAGGGCUCUGUGGACGUUUGAGUACACCCCGCAGCACAGCAGGGACUUCAAGAAUGCCGUCUCCAAAAAUGCCACACAAUUUAAGGGGAACUCCCAGCAUGAUGCUCAAGAGUUUCUACUGUGGCUGCUGGACAGAGUACAUGAAGACCUCAACACGCCCAACCCCAACUGCAGGCCUGCUAUAAAGCCACCUAUUGAAGAAGAUGACGAGAGCAUAGAAGGACCAUCUCCUCCCCUCUCUGCCGGCUCUUUUGUACAAGAACUUUUUCAGGCGCAGUACAGGUCUUCUCUCACGUGCCCGCACUGCCAAAAGCAGAGCAACACCUUUGAUCCCUUCCUCUGCAUUUCCUUACCAAUCCCACUGCCACACACACGGCCCCUGUACGUGACAGUGGUGUACCAGGGAAAGUACUCUCACUGCAUGAGGAUUGGAGUUGCUGUUCCCAUCAAAAGUACCGUCUACCGCCUCAGAGAUGCUGUGUCACGUGAGACCAAGAUCCCAAUGGACCAGUUUGUUUUGACAGAAAUGUACUACGACGGGUUUCAUCGCUCGUUUUGUGACGAUGACGAUGAUCUGGAGGUCAUUCAAGAGAGUGAUUCCAUCUUUGCCUUUGAGACACCAGAGACUUUCAAACUGGAAAAUCUACGCAACAAAAGAGGGAGUCUUCUGGCAAAUCUGAAUCAUAACAAUUUAAAGUAUGGGACAGAAAUUGGCAGGACUCCGUCCUUCAUGCAGGGGGCCAUGACUCCUGUAACUGGAUCGCCUAAUAAAAACUUGGGGCCAGAAAAAGUGAUUCUUUUGGUGUGCAACAGAGCCUGUAGUGGCCACCAAGGAAAAAGGUUUGGCCUUCCUUUCGUACUGUACAUGGAGCGCACUGUGACCUGGGAUGCUCUUCAGAAAGAGAUCCUGGAGAAAAUGCGGCAUCUUUUGAGGCCUGGGGUCUACGUUCAGGUUGGACCUUUCACUCUUCGAGUAGUUGGCGUCGUUGGUAUCACUUACCUCCUUCCCCAAGACGAGCGGCCACUGUGUCACCCCACUGUUGAAAGAGCCUACAAAUCCUGUGGCCAAGGGGGACCUCCACACGUGAAGAUUGUGGUUGAGUGGGACAAAGAGACCAAGGACUACCUGUUUGGACACACUGAGGAGGAGUAUAUUCCAGACGCUGAGAGCGUCUAUCUGCACAGACAGCAUCACCAUCAGCCUCAGGCCUGCACGCUCGCUCAGUGUUUCCAGCUUUACACCAAGGAAGAGCAGCUGGCCCCAGACGAUGCCUGGCGCUGUCCCCACUGCAAGCAGUUGCAGCAGGGCCGGAUCAAGCUCAGCCUGUGGACGCUGCCGGACGUGCUCAUCCUGCAUCUCAAGAGAUUCAGACAGGAGGGGGACCGGCGGGUAAAGCUGCAGAACAUGGUCCGGUUCCCGCUGAUGGAAAUGGACAUGGCUCCACAUGUGGUCAAGAGAAGCCAGAGCAGCUGGAGUUUACCCUCCCACUGGUCACCAUGGAGACGGUCUUACGGGCUGGGAAGAAACCCCGAUGACUUUCUGUAUGACCUGUACGCCGUGUGCAACCAUCAUGGCAACAUGCACGGAGGCCACUACACCGCUUACUGCAAAAACUCCAUUGAUGGUCAGUGGUACUGCUUCGAUGACAGUGAGGUUUCACCAAUAGCUGAUGAAGACGUGUGUCAGCAGUCAGCCUACAUUCUGUUUUACCAGAGGAGAGCCGCUAUUCCCUCCUGGUCCGCCAACAGCUCCGUCGCUGGUUCGACUAGUUCAUCACUGUGUGACCACUGGAUCAACAGGUUGCCUGGCAGCCGGCCUGCUAGCUUGGCCUCUGGAGCCUCGUCCAGACGAACCUCGCUGGCUUCAUUAGCCGAGUCCGUCGAGUUUCCAGGAGAGCGUAGUGAAGAUGAUGGAGGAUUUUCUGUCCGCCCUUUUGUGAGAAGCAUUCAGCGCCAGAGCCUGUCCUCCAAGUCGUCUGUCGGCAGCCCCCUAGCCCUCAGCGACAACGGGAUAAGACCCUCUUGGUCUCUGUCUGCCAAGCUGCAGAUGAGAUCCAGCUCGCCUUCCCGCUUCUCCCUGGACUCUCGCUGUUCCCCUCCUUUGGAGAGGAUAGGAGAAGCACUCGACGACAAGGUUUCCACUUCCUGUUUUGGCAGCUACAGUAGACACGAGCGCUACUUUGGCAACAGGACUCCUUCGUCCAUGACGGAGGGCAACUUCAGCGAGCAGGACAACAGUAAAAGAUUCUUAGAUAUGAUCUACUGCCGAGCUCCCACUCCAGUGGACAAGAAGAGCAUGAAAAAUGAGGCAAGUGAAAACAACAACGAGAUUACAGCUAUAGACCAAAACACACUACCUGCUCAAGCUACUCCCUCCAAAGAGCAGAAACGCAAGAGUAGUAUCGGAGGAUUUUCCUUGAAGGCAGAAAGCACAGGCUCCACGAAAAACUCUGGCAAAGUGGAGCAAGAAAAGACCUCCAAAAAACGGUUGUGCUCAACACAGAAGACGUUUGCGUCUGAGAGUUCUUCCAGUACUCCUGUGAAGGGCAAAAAGGGGAGCAACACUAAAGAGAAAAGUGUAAAUGUUAAGAAAAGCACCUCGACACCGUGUGGAACUCCCUCUAAAACGAAGGAUUUGAAUCGAGCUGCAGACGCGACCCCGCAACAUAAGCCAUGUCUCCGCUCUACACCUCAGUCAUCGGCGUCUCCCUCACCAACUGCAAAGAAGAAUUCCAGCGGCAGCGAGAAAAGCUCCACAAGCAGUCGAAAACGACUGGUGGAACGGAGCUUCAGCCGAGACUCUAUGCACACCAGCCCUCUGGUCGACAACGCCCGAGGCAGCUGCUUGGCUCGCUCCUCACCUGCCAAGAGUGGCGAAGCUAACCGGGCCGAGAAGAGAUCCGUGCGGAGCUCCAGCAGCACUUCGUCCGUCACAAGCCUGCGUUCGCCCAGCGUGUCCACCAGGGACCUGCAGCGCAACAGCAAAUCCGAGGAGAAAGGCCUGUCCUUCUUCAAGAGCGCCCUUCGGCAAAGGGAAAGCCGCCGGUCGGCCGAUUUAGGAAAAAGCACCAUGCUUCUCAAAAAGGUCUCGGAGAAAACGUUCAAGCAGAAUGGACAAGCCAAGGAGGUCGGUGGCGCCGACGAUGGAAAGGCCAGAGGGGACGUGUCUUCGCAGACGUCCCCAGCGACUCGUGGAGGUGAGACAAAGUCAGGGCCAAAGGAGUCUUCCAAGCCCCCCAGCUCUCUCAGUCGAACCCUGCUAAAUGUAGGCAAGUCCAAGUCUUCCACUUCAGAUGUAAGUAGCAAGUCUCCUGCAAACGGAAAGAAGCCUCUUGAAAGGAUGGCAUCUUCCCGAAAGCUAUCCUCAAGCAUGCAAUCUCCUGCACGAACAACACAGAGGCCUCAAUGAUACAUCCGUAGUAAUUAACGUCAAAACAAACAAAAUGCAGCUAAUUUCUUUGUGCCUAAGUUUCAGUGAGCACUAGAUAUAUUUAAUAUAUUUUUUUGAUGUUAUGGUUUUGUACACUAACUUUAAAUGCUUUUUGUUGCCAAAAUCAAAAUUUUGUCUCCAGCUUUGAACAAUUGUAGCCACUUUGGGCAAGGUUAAGCAUGCUGGAGUGUAAAUUGUUCAACCUUUUAAGAGUCAGUUAUGAUUGUGAAGAGGGGAAAGGCACAGGAUUACCUGCAUAAUAUCCAUAAGUAUGGCGGUAUGUGCUUAAAUGCACAGUAAGUCCUGUUUCAUUGUGUGUAUCUAAGACCAAUAGAAGGGGAUUUGCUUAAAAUGCAGCUGCAUAAUUUCUGUUUAGGAAACAUCCGACUGGUACGCAACCAUAAUG